GUCAAAACAAACGCGUGUUUUUUCGUAACGUUUUGAUUAUGGGAGAAUUUUGUCCUUUGUGCAUGAAACGAGGUUUUAAGAAAAAAAUGAAGGCAAUUCAAAUUAAUUUAGAAGAAGCGGUUUGGAUGUGUGAAUCAGAAGAGUGUAUUUGGCCGAUGGAUCAUCAGGAACUUGAAUACAUUCCUCGGAAAAUAGGAGAAAGUUGGUCGUGUUAUUGGAAUACAUAUAAACCCCAUAGAUCACCUGAAACACCACCUCAAACAAAUUGGGAUUUUUUUACACCUCCAUAUACACCAAGAACUGAAGUUUCACCCACUGCUUCAUCAGAAACAAGUAAUCACAGUAAUGAUCAAAAUCGUUUAAUUAACGCUUAUUCCAAAGAAUCAAAUUCUUCUAAAGUAUCACCGAAUCAUAUUAAUGAGGAAAAUAUAAUUAAAAUUGACAUUGACGAAAUAGAAAUAAAAGAAAAUAUUAAUUCUUCAUUGUCAAAUAAUUUAGAAUUACUUCCGGAUAUUACAAAUCCAUCUUUAAAUAAAGUGGAAAAUAUUUCUUGUACAUUAAAAAAUUUAGAAAAUAAUUUAAAAACUGUCACUACACGUGCUCCAACAAUAGUAAAUAUUGAAACAAUGAAUUUAGUUAAUGUUGCCGAUAUUAGAAAAUUACCCGGUGAGAAAUUAAUUUUAAAAUCACAGGAAAAAUGUAAAAAAGAAAAUACACUUGUUACGUCAAUACAAGAGGAAAAUUCAAAGGAAAAAUUAAAAAAAUCUAUUGUCACUUUAAGUGAAAUUGAAAAAAAUGAAAAUCCAAUUCAAAAUCAAACGAAAAUGGAAGUAAAAACAGUUAAAUUGGAAGGUUUACCAAUUGUAACAUUAUCGUACGAGGUACCGGAUUUUUUAACUGAAAUAAAUAAUCAAAAAGAAAAAAAAUUAGAACAAGAAUCAAAAGUCACAAGUGAAAUAGAUAAAUCUAAUAAUGUUUUAUCGAAAAAAAGUAUAAUGGCAAGUAAAAUGUUUCAAAAAUUCGAUUUCGGUGAAUUGAGAAGAUUAAAAGAUUUAAAGAAAAAGAAAAAGGAGGAUGAGAAUAAAAAUGAAGAGGAUAGUGCAAAUGAAGAGGACAUUACAAAUGAAAAAAAUAUAGAAAUUCAAAAAGUAAUAAUUUUAAAUGAUGAUGAUAAAGAUUCACUUGUUGAUACAAAAACUAUAUCCGAAUCAAUUAAUUAUGGUAAAACAUUCUCGCCACUCUCUGAAGAUUCAAAAGAUGUUAUCAGUGAUUUAGAUUCAUUUCUAAAUGAUUAUAUUGAAGAUAUUAAAUCAAGUACCGACGAGAAUAUCACAAAUCUCACCGAUGACGAUUGGUUAUCAUCUUUAUUGGUUUAGUAUUAUUUUUAUUUUUACAUUUUCUAUGUUAUAUUUAAAAAAUUAAAAUACAAUUUUUAUCUUAAAGAUAAUAUUUAUUAAAAAGAAAAAUUUAUCGAAAAAAAAUGUAAAUUAAAUGAAAUAUUCAUAAAAA